UCAUUUCAUUUUUCUAAUGAAUUUUUGGAAAAGGUAUUCAAACAUGAUGGAAACACAUAAUCAAACCUACAUCGCAGAAUUCCAACUUACUGGUUUCUCAGAGGACCCAAAACUGCAGCUCCUUCUCUUUGGCCUGUUCCUGUCCAUGUACCUGGUCACUGUGCUUGGGAACUUGCUCCUCAUCUUGGCUGUCAGCUCUGACCCCCACCUCCACACCCCCAUGUACCUCUUCCUCUCAAGCCUGUCCUUCGUGGACAUCUGCUUCACUUCCAUCACAGUCCCAAAAAUGAUUGUGGACAUCCUAACUCAUAGCAGAGUCAUCUCCUACAUGGGCUGCCUCACACAGAUGUCUCUGUUUCUCAUUUUUGCAACUAUGGAUGACAUGCUCCUGACUGUGAUGGCCUAUGACCGCUUUGUGGCCAUCUGCCACCCUCUGCAUUAUGCAGCCAUGAUGAACCCUCAGCUCUGUGUCUAUCUACUUUUGGUGUCUAUAUUUAUUAGCAUUUUGGACUCCCAGUUGCACAAUGUAGUUGUCUUGCAAUUUACCUGCUUCAAAGAUGUGAGAAUUGCUAAUUUCUUCUGUCAUCCUUCUCAAGUCUUUAGCCUUUCAUGUUCUGAUACUUUAAUCAAAACCAUAGUCACAUACUUUGUUGGUGCCAUAUUUGGCUUUAUUCCUAUGUUACUAAUACUUUUCUCUUACUGUAAAAUUGUUUCAUCCAUUCUCAAAAUCCCUUCAUUAGGUGGGAGGUAUAAAGCUUUUUCCACCUGCAGUUCUCAUGUGUUAGUAGUUUGCUUAUUUUAUGGAACCAGCAUUGGAGUAUACCUUGGUUCAACUGUGUCCUAUUCUCCCAGCCAGGGCAUGGUGGCCUCAUUGAUGUACAGUGUGGUCACUCCUAUGCUGAACCCCUUCAUCUACAGCCUGAGGAACAGGGACUUUCGUAACACCUUGAAGAGACUGCAAGAUGGAGCAUCUAAUCCUUAG